UGUGUGUGUGUGUGUGUGUGUGUGUGUGUGUGUAAAUAGUAUGGGGAACCCGAAAAGUGAGAGAAAAAGAAAUGAAUUUCAGAAAACAGUGAAUAAGAGAGUGAAUAUUAGAAAGUAAAAUUUAUAAAAUUGAAAAAAUUAGAAAAAUGAAAAUUAGAAAAAUGGAAAUUAGAAAAGUGAAAAUUAGAAAAGUGAAAAUUAGAAAAGUGAAAAUUAGAAAAGUGAAAAUUGGAAAAGAGAAAAUUAGAAAAAUGAAAAUUAGAAAAAUGAAAAUUAGAAAAGUAAAAAUUAGAAAAGUGAAAAUUAAAAACAAAAUGAAAAUUUGUGAUAGUCAAAAAAAAAAUUAACAAUAAACAUUAAGAAAAAACGAAAAAUAAAAAGAAAGAAAAAGAAAAGAGAGAGGAAAAUAAUGACUCAGAAUUAUGGAAAUAGAGGAAAAGGCAAGAAAAAAAGAGAACUGACAGCGCUGAUCACUGAAGAGGAUGUUCAGAAGAUGCAAUGCACAUCACAUGAAGACUGGCGAAUAUCAACGUAAAAGACAGUUAUAAGAUAACCUCAGAGGAAAAGUUAUCAUAGUAAAGAAGACCGAUAACAGAUAACCUUGAAGUAUCUUGAAAUCUCAGCCUGAAGAUGAAAAGGAAGAAUUCUGGAACAAUUCUGGACAUCUCAAGAAACGUAAAAUCGGCCAUCUUAAUUUUUUUUAAAUAUCAUGAUUACCUUCGUGGCAAUUAUUUAAUUUGAAAAAAUCCAUUUAAGUAAUAUCUUUCUUUUUUUAAAUUACUAAAAAUUAUAGUAAUCCUUUCAUUACCAAGUUGUUACCACGAGCACUUGCGAAUUUAUUAAGCAUUAAUGAUUUCCAUUAGUAAACUAAUACCUUAUUUUUACAUUAGUGUAAAGGGCUAAACCCGUGUGUGCUAUUCAGCCCAAAGGGCAAUUGGUGGGUCGAUCAUUCGGCCGCUAAUCGUUAGACGGAGAUGUAACAACCCAUCAGGUGAUGUGGACACUGUGGGAGCGACCUUCCUGACGCUGAUGGUGAGAAAUAGUGCCACAAUCCUUUCCGACGGCUUUUGUCAUAGUUCAUAAUCCUGUGGUAGUGAGACCUAUGUAGAAAAAAAAUAGCAAGGUGUUGUGGAGACCCAGUCCUGAGACCACUAAUAGCAGGUCGGUCCCUGAAAAGUUGGGUUGGUCAGGAGGAGUGUGCAAACUGUCUUGCUUUCGGUACGUGGAGUACAUGGGAAAAGCAGAUAGCAGAGGGCUGGGAAAUCCAUACAUUCUAUCUGCUGCGAAGUACUGUCUAUUCGACAUAGAUUAAGGACUAACGUGUAUUAUCUACGCAUCAGAGUCAAUGAUAGUAAAGCAAAAGGCUCUCUGCUUUGUUGUAUGAACUCCUUACCCAUACAUAGAGACGCAGACUGGCAUACAAGCUCUUUGUUUCUCAUUUCCUUUGUCUCAUUAUGACAGUAAACAGCUCGGGCCACAUCGAGCUCAACCAGGGCGGUGCUACCUCGGCCGUCCUGACCCCCAGCGUGGAAGACAUUCUUGAGCGUUGCAACGAAGAGUUUCUAAGUCUCUGGUACUGGGACAACAAGAGCAGCCUGUGGGAGAAUGAGAGCUUCAGCCUGCAGGAGUACUCUCACUGUCAGUACUGCAAUAUCACCGAGGAGGAGUUGGACAUACUCAUCUACUCUGGCAUUUGCAUGCCCUCCCAGUACCCAUACAUAGCUCUGAUUUACAAGAUGUACGCGGCUAUCUUUCUGUUAGCUCUGGUGGGCAACUCCCUGGUGCUAUACACCGUAGCCGCUAACCGCAAGAUGCACACGGUUACUAACCUCUUCAUCGCUAACCUGGCAGUCGGAGACCUGCUUAUUAUGGUGCUCUGUGUACCCUUCUCAGUGGCCUCCAUCAUCGUUCUCCAGUACUGGCCCUUCGGAGAGGUCUUCUGCGUCUUUGUCAAUUACUCUCAGGCAGUGUCGAUCUUCGUGUCUGCCUACACCUUGGUGGCCAUCAGCUUGGACCGGUACCGGGCCAUCAUCUACCCUCUGAGACCUCGCAUGUCUCGUCUGCAGGCCAAGGUCAUCAUAGGCCUGGUCUGGGGGCUGGCUCUUUUCACAACGCUGCCUAUCGCUGUUUUCUCCAGCCUCGACCCUAUAGGUACUUGCCCAGUUUCAAGGGAUGCGUUGAAGAUUGUGGUUAGAGGCACGCACAGCAUCUCUGCUCCUUCUCUAAGGACCCAUGGGGAGAUGUUGUCCGGUCCCAUCGCCUUUGAGGUGUCAAGGUCACUUAAGAGCUUCUUCACCUCCUCCUCAGUUGUUUACAUAAGGAUCUUCCAGUCUUCUGGGAGAGAGGUGUGUAUGGAGCAGUGGCCAGACGAGAAUCUUCGUGUGUACUACACAGUGGCGCUGAUGAUACUACAGUAUUUCCUACCACUCGUUGUGCUCAUCUUCACCUACUCCAGGAUUGCAUGCAAAGUGUGGGGCUGCAAGCCUGUUACUUCCCCUUGCUCAAGAAGUGCUGCAGCUCAGAUGCAGCCUCUUGCCCCUUCAGGGAAAAGUCGGAGCUUUUUAAGGAAGAGUACAAGUGAUCAUCCUCCAGCAAAGAUGAUAAAGAUGACUCUAACGGUAGUAAUGGUGUAUUCUCUGUGCUGGCUACCAUUCAACAUACUCAUGGUGGUGCUGGAUUUAGUGGAGGAGGUGAGAUACUGGCCCCACUUCCACCACCUGUGGUUCGUCUUCCACUGGUUGGCUAUGUCUCACGCCUGCUACAACCCUCUCAUUCUCUGUUGGAUGAACGCCAGGUUUCGAGAGGGAUACCUUCACGUUCUCUACAACCUAAUGCCGUGCUGCAGGGAACGCCUCUCUCGUUCACUGCUGAAACUCCGUCAGUCUUCAGGUUUACAUCGAGCUCACACCUACAGCACGGCCUUCGGCAGUUCUCACAACUCCAGGAACCAGAGGUUCCUUGAGGACUCACGCAAAAGGCGAGAUUCCUCCGGCUCCACUAAAGGCUCCAUGCAGAUGACGAGCACCAAAGACGGAUCUUUCAAGCUGCUUGCCAACAUUAAUCACCAGCCAAGUACUAAUGGCUUCAGGCGGAAGGCAGGGGAGAGGGAACACUCGGACACACACAUCAGGGAGAAUGACACCAGUUUACAGCCUUCCCUCGCCAACACCUGUGUAGGGACAGGUGGACAGUUGCAAGCGUCUGGCUUAGACUUGCCUCAUGAGAUGAUCGAUCGAUACCUCUUUGUCUCAGGAGAAUCUACACUUUGAAACAACACACUUCAGCACUUAACUUCAAGCAGAAAAACAGAAUUGACUUAAGUGUAAAUGUUAAUGUUGUGUUUGUAGCUCUGUUCAAUAUAUAUAUAUAU